AUGAAUAAAAAUUCUAUAAAAAUUCUUAUACUUAUUCUUGCUUCCUGCAUCCAAAAAUCAGAAUGUUACCUCCAUAAAAAAGAGUCAGAUUUGAUAUUUCAAAAAUUAGUUGCAUACGACAGCAUCAAAAUUAAAUUGCAGCAUCAAAAUACAAUAUCCGAUUUACUGCCUGAAACAUUUUACUACUCACCGUAUCAAAAUCUUCAAAAUGAAAAUGAUUCAAUUACAAUAAAACUUACUAAGGAGGAACGUAUAAAAAGGAACAGUGAUGUUACAUUCCGUGGCAAACCAAAAUCCGUUCAAGAAAUAUGGGCGAAAAAUUUUAACUUAACAACACAAGAAUAUCAACAAUCAACAUCCUUGGUUGCAUUGCUGAGUAAAGUUAUUGGAAAGUAUUUAGGAGCUUGCGUUCCUGUUAUCCUAUAUGAUGAAUACAUAGAGAAUUCUGAAGGUUAUAUCCUUCAAAGAUUGUUUCAGGAAUUUCCAUCUACAUUUAUUCACGGAAAAAUAAGUUUCAACUUUACAUUAAGUAACUCCCAGAUUAUUGAACCACCUGACAGUAAAUGCCGUAGUUACAUUUUGUUCUUGUCUGAUGCUUUAUUAACACGUCGAGUUAUUGGACCGCAAAUUACUAAUAAAGUCAUCAUCAUACCACGUUCAUCGCAAUGGAAAUUGCAAGAAUUUUUGGCAUCGCCACUAUCACGUGAUAUAAUAAAUCUUCUUGUCAUUGGUGAAAGUUAUUCUUCUGAUAAGACACGAGAGCGUCCCUAUGUGCUUUAUACACAUCGCUUGUAUACGGAUGGUUUGGGAAGUAAUAAGCCACUGGUGUUAACAUCGUGGAUGAAGGGAAAAUUAUCACGACCUCAUGUUGAUUUAUUUCCUAUAAAAUUAACAAAAGGAUUUGCUGGUCAUCGCUUUUCAGUUAGUGCUGCAAAUUUUCCUCCAUAUGUUUUUAAAAAAUUGUCUACUGAUGGUGUUGGAAAUGUACAGAUUCGCUGGGAUGGAUAUGAGUAUCGAAUUCUUCAAGUACUCGGAAAAAUGAUGAAUUUUACAUUUGAUGUGGGAGAGCCGAAAAACUUGGUUCAUCUUGGACCUGGAGAUGCUGUAGCAGAUUCUGUAUCAAAAGGACUUUAUGAUAUUGGAAUUGGUGGAUUGUAUGUGACUCAGGAAAGAAAUGUUGAUAUGGAAAUGACAGUGUCUCACAGCUCUGAUUGUGCUGCAUUUAUUACAUUAGCAUCAAAAGCAUUGCCAAGGUACCGAGCUAUACUUGGACCAUUUCAAUGGCCUGUCUGGUUAUGUGUAACAAUUACUUACAUAUUUGCUAUAAUUCCAUUAGCAUACUCUGAUUCCCUAUCAAUUAGAUAUCUUAUCGAGAAACCAGGCCAAAUUGAGAACAUGUUUUGGUAUGUUUUUGGAACUUUUACAAACUCAUUGACCUUCACUGGUGAAAUGAGUUGGUCUAAUUCGAAAAAAGCAUCGACACGAUUACUUAUUGGUUUUUAUUGGGUAUUCACAAUCAUAAUUACAGCAUGCUAUACUGGAAGUAUAAUUGCAUUUGUAACAUUGCCUGUUUAUCCAGAAACGGUUGAUUCAAUCAAACAAUUGAAUAGCGCAUUUUAUCGCGUAGGAACUUUAGAUCGAGGUGGAUGGGAAAGAUGGUUCCUAAACUCUUAUGAUAAAGAAACAUCAAGACUCUUCAAAAAGUUGGAAUUUGUUCGAGACCUAAGUGAAGGCUUAGGAAAUGUCACAACAGCAUAUUUUCUCUUCCCAUAUGCUUUCAUUGGAAGUCGUGCACAACUCGAAUAUAUCAUUCAAACGAAUUUCACGGAUGAAAAACUUAGCAAACGCUCUGCAUUACACGUAAGCGACGAAUGUUUUGCACUUUUUGGUGUAUCCAUUGCACUUCGUGAAAAUUCUGUGUACCGUUCUCGUAUUAAUGAUGGAUUAUUGAUGCUCCAGCAGAGUGGGAUAGUUAAAAAAAUUAUGAAUGAUGUGCGUUGGGAUAUGCUUAGGUCAAAAACGGGAACAUAUUUACAAAUUACUGAAGGGAAAGCACUGAAAAUUACUAGCGCAGAAGAAAAAGGUUUAACACUUGCUGAUACUGAGGGAAUGUUCUUGCUUCUUGGCAUUGGAUUUUUGAUAGCAACUGGUGCUUUAGUUUCUGAAUGGGUUGGUGGGUGUACAAAUAAAUGCAUUAAGCUUAUAAAAGUCAAACAGGAACAAAAACGUGAAGAGCAUAGGAUUGAUGAAGAAAUUAGAAUUGAAGAUGAAAAAAUUGAAGAGAUCCGUAUUGAAGCAGAACGGCUCGAGAAUGAAAGGAUUGAAGCUGAAAGGAUUGAAGCAGAAAGACUUGAAUAUGAAAGAAAUGUGGAUGAAACUGAUCAAAAACGUGCACAUGAACUUGCAAAACAAGCUUUUGCUUCAGUGACAUCGCCUGUUGGAAUCUCAUUGAAAUCACCUCCAGAUACAUUAACGGAAAUUAUUGAUGAAACAGUUGAGAUAAUUGAAGAAAAGAUAUUGUCAAUGGACGAACUAGAGGUUAAAGACAGCACAAGCUCAGCAUCAUCUCGAGGUAGUACACAGCACAGUCGAGCCAGCUCAUUAUCAGUUCAAGAUCUUAGUCCAGCUAUGUUAACUGAAUUAUAUCAUGGACCGGGUAAAAAGCUCUCAAAUAUUGUAAUGAUUGAAGGUAAAAUGAUGAGCGAAUGUGAAGCACUAAAGUAUGCAAGUCAUCGUAAAGAGAAUGACGAGAAAUUAGAGCAAAUUGAUGAAGUUUCGCAAAGUUUUAAAUUUCUGAAUCAGGAAGAUGACAGCUUAGAUGGAGAGUUUUUAGAACCAAAUUUAACUCAUCAGGUGGAAAUUAACUUGCAAGCACCAACACCACGCGAAGAAGAUAUUGAAGAAUUUUUUGGAGAAAAGAUUGAAUUCAAAAAUCGUAAAAAAUCAAAGAAAAAUAAAAAGUAAAGCCAAUUUUUUAAAGGAACUUUCAAUGCUGCCUAAAAAUAAUUUUAGACAAGUUUUUGAUAUUUUUGUGUUGCAAUUAGGAUCAUGGAGGAACCAGAAGGUUAAAUAAUUAUCAAAAGGUAUUUUAUUUUAAUCAAAAAUGUGUUAAAU